AUGGGGACCUCCGAGGAGGAUUAUAAUUUUGUCUUCAAAGUGGUCCUGAUUGGAGAGUCCGGGGUGGGGAAGACCAACCUGCUCUCCCGCUUCACCCGCAACGAGUUCAGCCACGACAGCCGCACCACAAUCGGGGUGGAGUUCUCCACCCGCACCAUCCUGGUGGGAGACGCCCUGGUGAAGGCCCAGAUCUGGGACACGGCGGGGCUGGAGCGCUACCGUGCCAUCACGUCCGCUUAUUACAGGGGAGCCGUGGGCGCCCUCUUGGUUUUCGAUAUCACCAAGCACCAGACGUACGACGUGGUGGAGCGCUGGCUGAAGGAGCUGUACGACCAUGCCGAGGCCACCAUCGUUGUCAUGCUGGUGGGCAACAAGACGGACCUGGCCCAGGCCCGGGAGGUCCCGGCAGAGGAGGCAAAGAUGUACGCAGAAAACAAUGGGUUGCUCUUCGUGGAAACGUCUGCACUGGAUUCCACCAACGUAGAGCUGGCCUUCGAGACUGUCCUGAGAGGUAUCUUCAACAAGGUGCAAAAACAGAAGCAAAAGAGCCCCCUGGACAGCACGGUUUCCCUCUCUGCCGAGAACGCCCCCGCGGGGUCCCCCUCGCGACCCGAGGGGGAAAAGCGGGCGUGCUGCCUGGCCCUCUGA